AUCCGCGAAACCAUUUAACACUUUCGCGUGUAUUUGGAAACGAUGACGCAAUUUUCUGUUUUUGUAUUAAUGUAUUUUUUUGGGGUUCCAUCUCAAAAAUCUUGGUCACAUCAGUUUGUCGCUGAGCUUUGGGAAGAGAAGAGUCUUUUCUGGUGAAUUUAUAGAGAAGUGGUCAAAAUAGAAAAUUAAAAUGUCUACUGAAAGUGAGGGAUUUGGAUUCAAGGAUAAGCAAAAGGCUCUGGACACGCUGAAAUUGCUGGAGAACCAGGAUAGCCAGUACAGACUCCUGACCAUACGGGGAUUGCUGGGAAGAGCCAAGAGGGUUCUAACAUUGACAAAAGCUGAAGAAAAGCGGAAUAAUAUUAAAGAUGCCAUUGAGGUAUUUGAGAAGUGGCUAGAGGAAAACAAGAGUACAUCGACCAAGAGCAAAGCUAAAUCUGCAGGGGAUACCGAUGAGAAAAUUGAUAAAGUGCCUGGAUUGGGCUUCAAAGACAAAGAAGCAGCCGAAAAGACACUCAAAAUCCUCGACAAUCGAGAUGCAGAUUAUCAGAAGCUAGUCCUGAAAAGUCUUAUCACCAGCUCUAAGAGCGUAGUUUCCCGCACAAAAGAUAAGCAGAAGAUCUCAGACAUUAAAGAAGCCGUAGAGAUGCUUACAGAAUACCUCGAUAGUCUCGAUACUCUCAAUCAGCCCAACAUGAAGUAUCUCUCAGUAGACAUCAUCCAAAACUUCUCAAAACCAACUGAAAAACUGGUCUCGGAAUUCCUGACCACUUACACAAAGACAGCUGGAGGGAACUACAAGAAACUGAGGACACUCUUCCCGGAAGAAGAUGACUCAGAGUCAUGGGAUAUUGUUAGGAACAAGAAUCUCCAGAAGUUACAGAAGACCAUUCAAGAGAAAAAAUUAUCUCUGUUCAACAGCGAUGGAUCGCCCACGAAAGAGCAUCUAACGCUAAUUUCUUGGGCGUAUUCCCCAAAAUUGGAAAAGCUCAAACAAUUCAUCGAUCAAAAUAAUCAAAAUAGUGAUUCAGCAUCUGAUGAACCAGUUACGAAAAAACGAAAAGUGUAAAGUGCAAAUUAUCAAGCAAAUACCUCAAAAUAAUCAAUAAUCGGUUCAUAGUGGAUAAUAAUUACCACAAAACCAAUCGGAAAUAUCCUUCUUGCUAUACUUUUCAGGAUUAAGAAUGUUCAUCUUGUACAUGAUAAAAUUUUCAAAUAAAUAAACCUUACAUAUCAAAGAC